UUUUCUACAGAAACCCAAAAGCGAGAGAGAGAGAGAGAGAUGGUUAUGCGACGUGGUCCAAUUGGUGGAAGCUCUGGUACUAAUACCCGACCAAGACAAACCAAUCGUCCCACUUAUGAAGAUUUCCUGCCCCGCUUUGAAUUGAAGGAAGAGCAGGAAGCUCACAUAGUACUUGUUCAUCUGCCUGGUUUUGUGAAGGAGCAGGUGAGGAUUACUAUUGAGCAUAACCCUAAUGUGAUUAGGGUUCAUGGACAAAGACCUCUGGGCAACAACAAAUCGAGCCGUUUCAACCAAACAUUUCCGAUUCAAGAAAAUUGCGACGUAAGUAAAAUUGAUGCCAAAUUUAACGAUGGGAUUCUUACCAUCACAAUACCAAAGCCAGUCAUCACACAGACAGCAGCAACCAAACCAGUCCAAGAGCCACCACCGAAAACUGCUGCAACCGCUCCCAAGCCGAUGCCACAGAAAGUUCAAGAGGACCCAAUUCCUUCAAAGCCGAGUUUGACAACACCGGCCGCUGCUGCGUCAAAGGCAGAAAAGGCUACUUUCACUGCCAGAGAUGAAAAAGAAAAGGAUGACAAGAAUGGUGGUCGUCCAUUAGGCCCUCCGAAAGGCACUGCAGCCGAGACAAAAUCACAAAAGGAUAAGGAGGACGCGGCUCUGCCAAUACCACUUUCAUCGACCCAGAAUUUCAAACAAAGGGAUGAGAAGAGGCUGUUACCUUUGACUCGUCCGGAAACAGGCAUCGGCAUGCCCAAGUCUCAAGAGCAUGGUCAUGAUGGAGAGAGGGGAAAGGCUUCUGUCGAGAGUGUGUCUCGAAAGCGGGUUGAAAACAGGGAUCAGAGAGAAGCAGAUGGGAAGCCUGAUGCAGAACCGAAGAAUGCUGAGAAACUUAACAAAAUUACUCUACAUAAGGAAACCGGUGAGAGAAGCAAAGAAGCAAGGGGUCUCGGUAAGCCUAAAGAGGACUCCGUGGCUGCAAAUGUGAUGGGUGGUGCAAAGCAGCAUAUGAAAAACCUCGGGAACGGGAUGAGCGAUGAAGAGAAGCAGAUGUUGAUCAAUAUGGGCGCGGCAGUUCUAGUUCUUCUGGCACUAGGGGCUUCUGCAUCCUACAAUAUCUGGUCCUCUGCAACAGGCAAAAACUAAGCCCAGCAUCCUUUCACAUUCCAUUACAAAUCUGUUAUUACAAAGUAUACAAACAUAUGCACAAGUAUUGCAGCUUUUACAUCAAUUUGUAUAGGCAUUAACCUUCGACACGUAAAUAUACCUUACAAACCAGUGUAAUAUAUAUAUAUAUAUAUAUAUAUAUAUAUAUAUCCAUCCUUGGAACAUGAAAGCAAUACAUUGUCGCUGA